UUCUACUCGCGCUCCGCACAGGUCACUCGUAACUAAGCGCGCGUUGACUGUGGCUGCGAGGGCCCACCGCUGUAAACUGCCGCCAUCCCAGCGAGAGACUUGCCGCCACCCUGGCGAGAGACUUACCGCCACCGCUCCUUUAAGCCUAACCCCGUAGUCAUGUGUUGUGCAUUCUCGGUUAUCGGUGCAUCAGUCAGAGAUCGACAAUUCGGGGGACUUCUCGAGAGAUAAAUUUCUGGCGGCAAAGGAAUUGUUUUUUUCCAGCAUUGUUGAACUCUUUGGAAGAAACGUUUACGGAUUUGGAAGACUUUUUCUAAUCUACUGGCCAUAUUAUAUAUUGAGAGACUGACUUAACAUCGCAUCGUAUGGUGCUGCGUGACGUCACCGCUGAAAGUCGGCCCUUCCCUGUACCCACGCUGGCUGCCCUCGUGCCUCCGUACCAUCCGGGUACGACGCAUUUUCUCCAGGCGAUGACCUCCAAAGAGGCCGAAUGUCCUCCGAUUCAAAUGGAACCCGUGGACCUGUCGGUGAACAAGAAGUCCAGCAACCCCAGUUCUCCAUCUAUGUCUCCCAGAUUACUCAGGCUUUCAUUUCCAUCCCCGGCCAGUUCUCCUCCAUCUACUUCUUGCAUUGAUCUCAGGCUCCACGGUUCCAGACAUCUCUUACCAUCAGGUCCUGGAGACGACACUAGCAGCAGUGCAGAUGAACAUUCCCCAAUCUCAAUGGAUAUGAUCCACAGAACAGGCUCUUCAGCUUAUCUUUCCUUACAAAGGAUAAAGCAAGCCUCACUCACGUGGAAGACUUGGAAAGUGGAUGAAAAAUUAUUACUUGGCCUCAGCAAAUCAUCAGUUACUGCAAAAUGCCCACAGAUUAGAUGUUCAUAACAUAUGAAGCUUUUGAAAUUCAUCGUCAACGGGGGAAAAACAACAAAAAAACUAUACAUUGUUCAAGCAGGAUUUUGAACGGCAUUCUUAAAGAACAUCGUCAAAUUAUUUUCGUGAACAGGUCCUAGUGAAUAUUGACAUAAAAUAAAAGGUCAAGAUUUCUGGGUGAAGAACUGUCAUCUUUUUCAUCAUGAUAUAUCACUAAAUAAAUACCAUGGAUUUGUUUUAAGUGAUUUUGUAUAUUUUAUCCUCCUUGUUAGUAAUGUUUCAUCGGAAAUUUUACGUAUAGGGAAGUAUUUCAUUAUAAAUUUGUUAUGCUCAUUAAAAGGAAAACCGCGACAAAAGGAUGAAUUUUGCUGAUGUCCAUAACAAUGUGAAGGAAUAAAAAUUCUUUGUAGAAUAGUUAGGUUUGAGGGAAUAGGAAGUCUUGAAAAAUUAGUUGUCUCCUCGUCGGUAAUUGAUCCUGCUCUUUACUACUUCAGAAGAACACACACUAGAAUUUUCUGUUAGCCUUACCUUCUCCUCUAUCUGAAAGGUAACAAGGGAAAGAAGGCAAUGCUCAGUAAACCAAAUCAAACUGCUGUCGAAUUUUCGUCCACCAUAUUUUAGUCUGGUCUCUACUGUCAGAAUCAUUAAUAUUUGGGGAAGAUAAUCUUAAAUCAAAAAUACCUUCAUCGGAAGUGGAAUUUGACGCUUCCAGUUCCUAGUUGAUGCAUUGAGUCAAUUCAUAUGUUCACAAGAGCAUAUGAAAAGGAUGUCUUUAUUUUCUUACAUGCUUUGGAAUGAGAACUGAAAUUUCAAUUCUGCAAACACUCAAAACUCCUUUAGCACAUUAUUAUUCUGGCUUCAAAGAAAAAUCAGAAUUGCAGAGUUAGUUAGAAUUUUAAAAUAAAGCAAUAUGUAAAAAUUGGGUGAUCGCUUCUGUAAAUUACCUCUGUUAAUUUGAAAUUCUCAUUUCUUAAAUUUUAGAUACAGCUUUUCCUUGUAAUGUCUUUUAACAUUAUGAAAAAUGAGAAUUUAAUAAAAGCCAGAUUAAAGUAUG